AUGGUCGUCUAUGAUUUCAUUACUAAGAUCUUCAGAAUCAUCACUUCAACAAUUGCAACCCUUUUUCGCAUUUUGAAACUCGGCUUUAUGAUUCCAAAAGAAAUCUUCCGCCUUCUGUUCAAGAUCUUCGCCAUUUUAGAAGAAACUGUUGGAAUGAUACUCGAGCUUUUUGAGGAGCCAGAAGCAAAACCGGUUUAUCGAGACGAUGGAAAACCGAUUGGAAUGUACGAUUUUCUGACGCCAACUGCUUCUGCUCGAGGAAUUCAAGGCAACAUGCAAACCCUUUUCAAGCCGUAUUAA